AUGAAGCGACAGCGGAAGGACGGUGAGGGCAGCAGCGGCAUGGCACCGCCGCCCAAGAAGGCCAAGGCCAAGACAGCAGCCAAGUCCACUGUCAUGUUUGGCAAAAACAAGGACCUGGCGGCGUUCAAGAAGAAGCAGCUGACCAAAAAAGUGCGCGAGCUGCGGAAUGAAAUCAAUCGGCUGGAGGCGGCCAACGAGUCGCUGCAGUCGGCCAAGGCCACUGCUGUGGGCGGCCUCUCGGCGCUGUCGAGGGCAUGGGAUCAGCUUGAUCGCGAGGUGACGCGAGCCCUUGUUGCUUCGGGCGCGGCGCCAAGCUCUGCGGCCGACGAUCUCGAUGCUGCCAUUGCUGCCCGCAAGGACGCCGGCGGGACGGACGCGCUGCAGCGUGUGGCGCCGGUUCCGCUUGCGCUCGCAGGCUCGGAGAGCGAAGACCCCGAGUCGGCUGCCGCCGCCGCGCUGACCGCGGCCGUCGGCGACCGCAUCACCCGAUCGGCCGAGGCGCUGUCGCUGCUGGUGAGCACCGGCGCGACCGGAAGCGUCGGCGGCGAGGCGCGUGUGGCGGCCGCCGAGGCCGCGGCGCGCCGGCACGAGGCUUCGGCCGACGCACACAACGACGCCAUCGCUGCGCUCGAGGCCAAGCUGCUGGAGAUGCGCAACGAGCGUGACGCUGCGCUGGAGGAUCUCCGGAUCGAGACGAACAAGACCGGCAAGCUCCGCGAUGCCGAGGCCGAGCUGCAAGCCUCGCUCGCCGAGACGCGCGACGAGCUCGACACUGCCCGCGACGAGAUCCGCAAGUUCAAGACCCGGGCGUCGUCGUCAACGGUUACCGUCGGCGGCGUCGGCUCGUCGCCGGCUUCGUCAGCGCAGGUCGCCGAGCUGGAGGAGCAGGUCAAGCAGUUCAAGGCACUCGCCGAGGCCCGCGAGGCCGACGUUAUUGCGCUUAAGGAGAAGCGCAUCGAGGCGCUGACUACCGUCGGCAAGCUCGAGGCGCAGGUCGCCGGCAUCCUCACACCGGACGUUCUCAAGUCGUCUCCCAUGUUCCUCCACAUGCAGCACCGCGAGCCGGAGCUCCUUGCCGAGAUCGACCAGCUCAAGAAGGAGCUUGCCGCCGCGCAGGCGAGCAACGAGGAGCUGGCCCAACUUGCCGCCGGCGCCGACGCCGCCGCUCGCGCCGCCCUGCAGCAGACGCUCGAAGAGGCACUCGGCUCGGCUAAGCGCGCCGACUCGCUCGCCAGCCGCUACCGCCAGGAGCGGGACGACCUCGCGCUCCGCCUCAAAAAGGCCGAGGCCGCCCGCGCCGGCACCGACACCAAGCGCGAGAUGUACGACCGCCUCUGCCAAUCUCUCGACGCCCGGAUUAGCGAAAUGUCUGCGGCGGCAGCUUCUGCCAGCGCCUCUGCCGACACCGCCUCCCAGGUAGCCGCCAAGUCCGAAGCCGAGCUCCGCGCCCUCUCGCUCGACGAGCUCGUCCAGCACGUCGCGGCCUUUGCCCCCGCCGCGGCCUCUGCCGGCGCGCUCGGCCCGCAGCUCGAGGCUCUGGCCAAGGCGCUGGCCGCAGCCGAGGCCGACUCGACACGCCUUAGCAAGCAGGUCUCCGAUCUCAGCUCGCGCCUGGCUGCUGCCGAGGCUGCCCGCGCCGACGCAAACGUCGUCUCGGCUACCGCCAAGCAGGAGCGCGCUCUGCUCACUAAGAAAAUCGGCCGCCUGCAGGACAAGGCCGCCGCCCAAAGCGAGGUCAUCGCCAAGCUGGAGGCUGCCGACGCCGCCGGCCGCACCGCCCUGGAGCAGGUUCGUGCCGCGAGCACCCGCCUCGAGAACGAGCUCACAACAGCCAAGCGCAUCGCCCGCACCGCCACCCAGGCCCAGCAGGCCGCCGGCGCAGAGGCGGCACAGGCCACCAAGGCGCUCACCGCGGCACAGACAAAGGCCGCCAAGCUCGAGGUCCAGCUCGAGGACAAGGUCGCCGAGCUCAAGACUGCAGAGACAAAGACCAAGCAGCUCGCGCGCAAGUUCAAGAAGGCCAACGCCUCGCGCUCCUCCAUCUCGGGUACAGGCGAUGUCGCCGUCCUCGCCGAAGAGGUCGACAUGCUCCGCGGCCUUGUCAACUGCUCCGUCUGCGAGACGAGGACCAAGGACUGCAUCAUCACCCGCUGCUCGCACGCCUUCUGCCGCGUCUGCAUCGACGCAAACCUCGCCGCCCGCAACCGCAAGUGCCCCGGCUGUGGCCAGGCCUACCACAAGGACGAUGUCCAGUCGAUGUACCUGUAG